AUGUUGUCGAGGGCUGCUAAAUCAUCUACGUCUGUUCUGAUAAGACACUCUGCGAAGAGAUACUUACAAACGACUUCCACGUGCGCACUCAGAUGCAGUCAUGUGAGGGGCAAGUCGCAAAUACAACCCACUCAGCAACGUCUCAACGUUCCACAGAGAGGGGUGGUUACGCACAGCGUGCAAAAUUUCCAAUUUCUGGGUCGUCGGUAUGCGUCGACGUCGGUCCCUGUGCCUCCUAUGGCCGAAUCGCUGACCGAGGGGUCCCUGAAGGAGUUCACCAAGAACGUCGGUGAUUAUAUCGCGCAGGAUGACCUACUGGCUACCAUCGAAACAGAUAAGAUUGACAUAGAAGUCAUCUCGCCAGUGUCCGGUACCAUCACGAAAUUGAAUUUCAAGCCAGACGAUACGGUCACCGUCGGGGAGGAGUUGGCCCAGAUCGAGCCAGGUGAGGCCCCAGCUGGUGGAGCUGCUGCAGAGACUGCCCCUCCAGCAGAGGCCGCUCCAGCAGAGACAGCAUCAAAGGAGGAAGCCGCCCCUGCGACUCCCCCACCAGCUGCUCCAGUGGCGAAAUCUCAACCUAAAAAGGAUGUGGCUGCUCCUAAACCAGCCGCUGCUCCAAAACAGGAGACGACCGCACCGGCAUCGUUCACUCCCUUCGCUCGCAAUGAAUCCAAGGUUAAGAUGAACCGGAUGAGGUUGAGGAUCGCUGAGAGGUUGAAGGAAUCUCAAAACACAGCAGCAUCAUUAACCACUUUCAACGAGGUCGAUAUGACCGCGCUUUUGGAAAUGAGAAAGCUAUACAAGGACGAAAUCAUCAAGAAAACGGGGACCAAGUUUGGUUUCAUGGGGCUGUUCUCCAAAGCCGUGACUCUAGCCGCCAAGGAUAUUCCAUCCGUUAACGGUGCCAUUGAGGGUGACCACAUCGUGUACCGUGACUACACCGAUAUCUCGAUUGCUGUAGCGACUCCAAAGGGGCUUGUGACUCCAGUCGUCCGUAACGCUGAAUCCCUGGAUGUUUUGGGGAUCGAGCAAGAGAUUGUCAGAUUGAGUCAGAAGGCCAGAGACGGCAAAUUGACUUUGGAAGACAUGACCGGCGGUACGUUCACCAUUUCUAACGGUGGUGUAUUUGGCUCCUUGUACGGUACACCAAUCAUUAACAUGCCACAGACAGCCGUCCUAGGGCUGCACGGUGUUAAGGAGAGGCCGGUGACCAUCAAUGGUCAAAUCGUGUCUAGACCAAUGAUGUACCUAGCAUUGACUUACGAUCAUAGACUACUGGAUGGGAGAGAGGCAGUUACCUUUUUAAGAACCAUCAAGGAGUUGAUCGAGGACCCAAGGAAAAUGCUGUUAUGGUAA